GGGAGAUGGCGGCGGUGCGGGAGGGCGGCGCGGGAGUGUGGCUGCCGCCCCGCUCGCCCUCGGGGCUGGUGCUGCAGACGGUGGAGAUGCACACGGGCGGCGAGCCGCUGCGCAUCGUCCCGCGGCUGGAGGUGGCGGAGGCGGCGGCCGAGAGGGGCCUAUCGCUGCUGUCGCUGCGGCGGGAGGUGGCGGCCACGCAGGACCAUGUGCGGCGGGCGCUGGUGCACGAGCCGCGGGGCCACGCCGGCAUGUACGCGGCAGUGGUGGUGCGUGGCGGGGCGGCAGCCGCCGGUGCUCACCUCGCGGCACUCUUCCUGCAUGGCGCCGGCUACAGUGCCAUGUGCGGCCAUGCCGUCCUGGCCCUCGGCCGCUUCGCCCUCGACUACGGGCUGGUGGCGGCUCCCGUCAGCCCCGAGACUGCCGUCCGCCUGCGCUGCCCAUGCGGGACCGUCACCGCCUUCGUGCCCUGGGACGGCAGCCGCAGCGGCAACCCGGUCCGCUUCCACAGUGUGCCCGCCUUCGCCGCUGCCACCGACUUGGCCAUUGACGUCCCCGGUCACGGGAAGGUGGUGGUCGACAUUGGUUACGGUGGCACUUUCUAUGCCUUUCUCAACGCCGAGCAGCUGGGCCUUGAUGUGUGCUCUUCAAAGACCAGAGACCUCGUCAAUGCGGCAAGCGCUGUGACGGAAGCAGUGAAAAAGCAGUUCAAGCUUCAUCACCCUGAAAGCGAAGACCUGGCGUUCCUCUAUGGCACUAUACUGACGGAUGGGAAAGACGCCUUUAGUGAGGAGCCCACCACCAACAUCUGCGUGUUUGCAGAUGAGCAGGUUGACCGAAGUCCAACAGGUUCGGGUGUGACUGCUCGCAUUGCCUUGCAGUACCAUAAGGGACUCAUCCAGCUGAAUCAGACCAGGACCUUUCGGAGCAGUACCACGGGGUCCUUGUUCACCGGGAAGGCAGUGCAGGCAACCAAGUUUGGGGACUACAAUGCUGUCGUUGUGGAAGUCUCAGGAGAAGCCUUUUACACCGGUACAGCCACCUUCACUGUCGAAGAGGAGGACCCGCUGAAACACGGCUUCUUUUUCAAGUGACCUGAGCCACUGGGCAGUGGCAAAGCCUCACUUAUGGUGCUGCGCUUCUCCUGCCCACGCACUCCUGUUCUGCUUCUCCACACGCCUCCUCGCAAUAUGCCAGAGCAACAGGAACAGCCUUUGGUGGUGUGACAGCAUCUGCCGUGUUACAAGAUAACAGGCAGUUCCCCUGUUGUGAUUAGCGUAUUGGGUGCAAUGUGAUUAGCAUAUAUGGGCUGCUCUGAGAAGCCAUAAUCUUUUUCUUUUUUUUUUUUUUUCAAUAAUUAUUCACAGAAAAUUGAGCUGAUCUUGGAGACCUGUCUUCAGAUUUAUGUGCCUUAUCUAUGUCUGCAAAUUACUAAUUUCAAAGCCAGCUUCCUAUUAAACACCAGCUGAAGGCA